AUGGUGUUGGGAGCCCCGAGUGCCCGAGCCCGGUUGCUCGUUCAUCCAACGGCCGCCGUCGCUCAAACGGUGCGCCGUGGCGCUGCAGGCAACCCGCAAUUCGCGCGCCGACAGUUGCUUUGGGAACAUUGUGUAGUGCAGGUGGUAUUUGUGACCGAGAGAGGUUGUGCCGAUUCGCCGCAGGAUUCUCAUAGAUUUUCGAACCGGCAGACAGAGCGGACGGCUUUCAUCCGCGCUGAAGAGGAUGGAACUAAACGGAGGCAAAAGAGGGAGGAGAGGAGGAGGUAAAGGAUCCUUGUUGGAGUUUGCCGGGUGUUCUGAGAUUAGAAGAAACUUUGGCGACUGUACGUCGUUUGGGCAUGGACGGCGUCGGCGGUGAAAAUAACUUCAUUAACAAGAGAGCACAUCAAGAGUCGGCUGAAAAAAAGAUGUCUCCUUGUAUCCCGAACAAAAGACGUCAAAGAAAGCAGGCGAAACACGUCGCCAAUGUCGAUGGGAAUGAAUACUGGAUAAAGCACCAACGUGUCUCGUAUCAGCAGAAGGCGGAUAGAUCCCUGGUAAUCCGAUUGGGACCGCCACCCAAUGAUGGGCCGUAUCCGGUUUGACGAAUGUCGACGGAAUUGACGUCAUAGAAAUGGCGGUGAAUGGAAGGGCGCACAACCAGGUCACCGGGAAAUACGCAGUAGAAGGACGAAAAUGAAAAGGAACUUAUUCCUGCAGUAAAGAAGUAAAAACAAGAAAGAAGAAUAAGUUAAGGAAAUCGCAAGGCCGUCGAAGAAAAGGUGACUGUUCACAUAAAAAACGAAUUGAUCUACGGAAAAUAUGAUAUAUGGAUAAGAAAGAUCCUAGGAACAGCAAAGGCGCAAUUAUUCAAUCCCACAUUCAUCGUCACUUCACGUUAAUGCUCUACAUCUACCCUGUAGAUCCGAAUUUGUUUGAUAUCAGGCGACAAAUUCGGUUCUAGAGAGGUUUGUGUGGUGCAUACAAAGCAACGUGACUUUGAGAACGAGAGACAGAGUGGCACCCUGCUGAGCUUAAUAAAACAGCUAGACGGCAUCCAGUACCUGUUACUAGCAGCACUAACCAGGCUCUUUGAGGAAACGUUGAUGUAGAAUACAACUCCUUGUUGUGUUAUCCACCCUAUUGUAAUAUUGCGUCAAAUUUAUUGUAAUUACUACGUAUAUAUGUACUUCACUCAAUAUUAUGAAUAUAUCCAACAUUCCAAUUUGUUACACGUUAUUUUCAGUAACGAUAAUGGAAUAUAGAA